GGAGGUCGCGGGAGCGCCCGCGAGGACGCCUUUGGUUAAACUGCAGGGCGAUUGUUUCGGUGGGAGGUGUAAGAGCAGCUUCUGUUUUUAAUUACCUUCUGUCGCUGGCGUGUGAAAAAUUUAUUUUUUUGUUUUGCAUUUACUAUUUAUCGAGCGCUCCCGUCCUCCCCACCCCCAUUAUUAUGCUGUUCCUCCCGAAACAAAUGCCCCGCAAGUGGCCCUCGGACGCGUCGGUGCCGAUGCUUUGGUUCCUCAGCCUGGCUCAUGCCCAGAGGCGUUUGUGGAUGCUCGGGAGCUGCGGGCGUGGGGUGUUCUUGAGGGGCGUGGGGCGUUCUUGAGGGGCGCGGGUUUCCUCGGCACACGUCCUUCGGUCCCGAGGUCAGCAGCAACCUUUCGGGGAGUCGGUUCACCGCAAACAUUUUAUUUGUAUUCCCAGUGCCUGUCUAAAAGGUAAAGAGAAGAGCAGGUGAUGUCGUUGUAGGAGCUUGGGGAGCAUUUUAAUUGGGCGGGUUGCAGAGCUUAAUAUAUUAGCUGUAAAUCAUUUAAAUUUUACUCAAAUAUUAACAUGCACGAAUGUUUAGGUUUUAUUGUGGAUGUACUUUCCUAUACAGUUGGAUUCUCUUUUACUAAUCUAGUAAAGAAAAUUGCUAGAAAAUAACUUAUUAAAAAUAAUCCUCACUCGAGGAUAUGUUUAAUUAAUUUGUCAGAGAGAGAGAGAGAGAGAGAGGAGAGAUGUGAGAGCGAAUCAUCAUCCAUCUGUUGCCUCCCGUACCCGAGCUGGGAGAUGGAACCCACAAUCUAACCGGGAGUGACCCCAGAACCUUUUGGUGUAAGGGAGGAGGACCCUCCAACUAGCUGAGCCACUGGUCAGGGCAAAGUACUUUUUGUUUGGGAAUGAAAGGACAGUAGUGGACUGGGAGAAGGGCACAUGAAUUGGAAUUCUAACUUGAAAACUGAAUGGUGGUCUAGGCCAGACCUAGUUUUUAUUAUGUGUUUUUUUUCAUACAUCAGAUUUCAAGAAACUUAUUAGUAUGCUUUUCACGCACCUCAAACAGAACUUAGUACAGCAGUGUCAUAGCAAUUAAACAGUUUCUUGCAUUUCUAGGACCAGAGAAGUAAAUAUUGUGGAGGGACACAUGUUUGGAGAGAAAUGGGAACAUAGACAGUAAUGAUGAAGGAGUAACAUCAUAUUUAAAGAGAACUUCGGGUGUUCCUGUACAGAGGGGAUUCUUACAUCCAGCCAUAGCUGGGGUUUGUCAGAUUCCUCAAAUUCUGACUUUUACUACGCUUCUACUCCAUCAAAUCAACAAUGAAUUGGAAUGCAAAGCCAGAGAGUGUUACCUUACCACCAGUGUAUUCUAAAAACCAGUCAUCUUUUUUGGAGCCGAGUUUAAUAAAUACACCAUCUCAAGGUUCUUUAAAUUCUCCCGGAAGUAACCAACCUGCAUGCAUGUUUCUUGGUAAUUCAAAUUCCAUUUCACAGCCACUGCUCAACGUCAGAAAUUAUAAAACUCCUCAAGUCUCUGUAUCUGAUAUGCAUAGUGGGGCAGUUUCUGCCUCACAAUCUUCAGUAGAAAGAAUAACAUAUGCAAAUAUGAAAGGACCCAAACAAGUAAAUCACAGUCUGCAAAUGUCUUCAGGACUUGCACAAAAUGUAUGGUUGAACUCGCCAGUGAGGAAUUCUAUAUUUUCUAAUACAGGGGCUACUGUAUCUCAACAAACUGGUUUUAGAACUCAUCUACCCAAUGUAAAUGCACUACAGAAUCAAUUUGUAACAUCAGAUACCUAUUCUAUGCAAGGACAGAUGAUCCCUUCUAAUAUUGUAAGAGAUUCUGUAGUUUAUCAAGGAAACCAGAGACUUACCUCAUCUUUAUCAGAGCAACACGGUGACUGGGCACAACAGCAUACAUCCAAUGGAUUGACUUAUCCAGAUUACAGACCACUUCAAGAGCAAUACAGUUAUCCCCCACAAAGCUUUUUGAAAAAUCCUACUCUUCAGAAACAAAAUCCUAUGCCACUUACAUCAUUUCAAGUUAAAAAUCGUCAUCCUCCAAAUUCUGCAUUGACAUUACCGUCAAAGCAGACUGCAUCCAUACCAUCCUAUCAACAUGCAGUUCCUCACAUUGACAAAAGACAUCCUCCUAUUCCUCCUCCUUACGACUAUAGAUAUGUGAGCCAGCUUUUGCAAAAUACGCAGCAUGUUAACAAACAGUCUAAUACAGACAUUCCUCAGAGUCAAGAAGCACACUUAUCUGAAGUGAGGAAAGACUUUUGCAGAGGCUUUCAACAGCAAAACCUCAAUGAAAAUGUCAACACAAUUGGAAAUUUCUGUAACUUGAAAGUAAAUGCUAACAUCAGCCAGCCUUUUAAUGACCCCAUUACAUCUUCCGUGGCUGGUGUUCAGAUUCUUGCUCAGAAUAAUCAAAUGGAAAGAGUAGAUUCUUGUAAUCUAACUUCAAAUCAAGUACUGGACACAAGUUUCUCAAAAGAAAAGUUAGUCAGAGAUAUUAAAAAAUUAGUAGACAUGAAAAAGAAGUUUUCUGAACUCGCAAGGAAAAUUAAAAUUAGUAAAGAUGUUUUAAUGGCAGCAGGUUGUAUUAAAACAACUGAAAAUUCCUAUUGUAAAUCAGCUCACAAUUCCCAACUGUCUUUGAAACAAACCGCCAAAAUCCAGUCUCGACCACAGGUUACCCGAGUUACUCCAGAGACUGCAGAGGAUCAACCAUCAGCAGUAGUAGAAACUGCAGAAGCAGCAAAUAGAACACACAGUACUUUGAAAUCUACUAUUCAGGACACCAAUUGUAGACAUCUUAACCAGGUCAGUUCCAUUUUACUAAAUUCUGUGUGUUCAGAAAAGGUAACAGUACCAGACCAGUUAAAUGAUUUGAAAGUUACAACCUCUUUAAAGACAUCAACUGUUGGGAGUACCCAUGCAACGUUAAGUAACACCCAGUUUUCAUCUGGAAAUUUAGUCAAUGUUGAAGAAAAUGUGCAAACAAAUUCUGAAACAAUUUUUGUUCCACAGUCAGCCUUUGAGGAAUAUGCUUCAAAAUAUCUGAAUAAAAAUAGGCUACUUCUCAAUCUCCUUGCACAUGGAGAAAAAGCUGAGGCAAACAUAUUAAAAGAUGGUUGUGAAACUAUUCAGGAUUCGAAACCACUCGGUUUUGAAAUGAAUGCCAAUAGCCAAAUCACUGGUAACCAGCUGAACUUGCAAUCCAUGGAAACUCUAAGUACUUGUGAUAUAAAUGCCAAGAUUUCAGAAAAUCCUUUUUGCCAUGACCAUAAAUCGUCAUCAAAUGGAUCAACUUUGAAGAGUGACAGUCACUGUUCUUUGGAAUUGCUAACAACAUGUCUUUCUCUCUGGAAAAAACAACCUUCGGAACCUACAGGUAAAAAACAGUGUAGUGAGUUAACUAACAGAACAGCAGUUGGAAUCUCAAAGCCUGGUGAAUCCUCUGAUAAGGGUCCUUUAUCAGUUGUAGGAAGUUCUCAGAAUAAGAUGAUAAAUUGCUCACACGUAACAGCUCUGCCAAUGGUAGUGCAGAACUAUCAGAUUUCAGGGUCAACUGUUACAAAGGGACCGGAACUUCAAAUUGCUGUAGUGUCACCCUUAAUUCUUUCAGAUAUCAAAACAUUGCCUGUCAAAAGUAUAACAUCUGAAUCGCUACCUGAAACAAUGUAUCCAGUUAUUAAAGAAGGCAGUGUUUGUAGCUUACAGAAUCCAUCAGUAGAUAAUACAAAAGUUACUGCUUUGAAAGUUAAUGAACCAGUUACAAGUACAUCAACAAACAAGAUUUUCCCACUAAUUCAGAAGGAAAAGCAAAAUGUGUUAACUAAUGAAGAUACACGGAAUACCAAUCAAGGAAAUGAUAUAAAUUCAGAACCAGGUAGUCACUAUUCUUUGAGUGAUCAGCAAGCCUCUUCUAAAUCAAUGGACAGUGAUAUUAUGAGUGGUGAUUUGUUACAGAUUGACAAUAUAUGUUCUCUUGUUGAAGGCGAUACAUCUUAUAAUUCCCAAAUAGCAAAGAUAUUUGACCUACCUGUGAAAAAGGUUGAGACACAGAACCCUUCUCUUUCUCUACCCAAUCUCCAAGUGAUUAGUAGUACACAGCAAAAAGAACAAUUAGAUAACAUCACUGAAAAUAAAGAGUUUAGUUUUCAAGCAGGUAAUUUGGUACAGUGUACAGAUGUUUCACAUAAAAGACCAGAUCAGUCACAGUCAUCAUUUUUGAAGAAUGUUGAAGUACAAAAUGAAAUUCCAAUGGAAGUGGAUUUGAAGCGUAUUACUGAAAGAGAAAGUUCAGCUAAAGAUAAGUCUUCAUCAGCUGCUAUUCUGCAGGACAAUAACCCCCAAGAAAUUGAUGUCUUAUGCAAUUACACUGCUCAGAAUCCUGCAGGAAAUGAGAUUCUUGAUAACACAUCUGCCUUAUAUCCACAUGAUCAACUGUCUGAACUUUUAAAAGAGUUUCCCUAUGGUAUUGAAGCAGUGAACACAAGUGAAGGUUCUGCGGCACAACAAAUAACAGACCAAGUCUCAAAAGAUGAGUCUUGUGAUAAAACUAGUUGUGAUUCCAAAGACUCAACAGACCAAAUAAAAAUUACAAUACUAAACUCAGAGCAAAUGAAAGAAUUAUUUCCUGAACAGAAUGAUCAACUCUGUGGAGUAGACAAAUUGACAGAACCUGAGAAAGAAAGCUCUGCCACAAAAGAUGGGAGCCAGUGUGACCCACAAGUAUGUGACGACGGAGAGAGUUGCAAUUCUGUAACGGAUUUGGAGAAAGAUGAUGUCCGUUGCUGUGCAUUAGGGUGGCUCUCUAUGGAGUAUAAAGGAGUACCCCAAUGCCAGUGUAAUUCCGUCAAGGACUCAACUUCGAAGGUAGAAAAAGGGAUAGAUCAGUCUUCUUUGGAAAACGACAAUUGUAAGCAAGAAGAAAGAACUGCUGAUAGAGAUGAUUCCACAGUAUUUAAUAGUCCUCCAAAUAGCAAUCAAACUAUUACUUUGACUUUUCCAGAUGGAAAAGAACAUUUUCCUGAAAUAGAACAAUCCAAGAAUAUAAAAGAUACAUCCAAGACAAAAAACAGCUCACUAAGGACGGAACAAGAAUUAUCUGGUCAAUCUUUAUCUAAAAGUAAUAAAAAGUUAGAUUCCUUGAAAAGUCACAGAAGGAAAAGAAAACUGAAAUUUCAUGAAGUAACGUUUCACUCUAGUAGUAAAAUGAAAUAUUCUCAAGAGAGCUUGCAGAGAAAGCUUGUAGCACAAAACUCACAUCAACUAAAAGCAAAGACAAGCUUCUUGACAAACAAAAAUAAAGAUCUGCAUAUGAAGAAUGGUUCUUUGGUACAGCUAACAUUGCCAGACAAGAGAAAAUUGGAAGUAGGUGACUCUGAACAAAAAGUUCCAGAAAAAAGGAAGUUAGCUAAAGGGAGCAUGCAUAAUUUGGAAAUAAAGCGGAUGAAACAUGAUAAACAAGAGCAGAAUAAAAAUGGUGGUGGUACAUUUAAAAUAAGUAAUUUUUUGUCAAACCCAGAUGAAAGAGCCAAGGUUAAAGAAAAGACAGUAUCAAAUAUUAAGUCUUCAGGCUCUAAGGAUGGUUCAACUAAAAUUAAUAGAGUUCUAUCACUGAAGGAGUAUUUACAAAGGCAGAAGAAUAAAGAAACAGUGGGUAUGAAAGCAUCAAAGAAAAACUAUGGGAAAAAUAUACCAUGUGAUUCUCAAUACAUAAGGUCCAAUAAACUUUCUAUGAAAAUAGAGAGUUGUGGGAAAUCAAACGAGAGACCCAGUAGCAGUGUGCAGUCCUCUAAUGAUUCAUCAAAUACUUGUACAAACCAUGGUAAAAACCUCAAAAUCCACCAUUCUGAGGUAUCUAAAACAUACCUUUCAGGGAAUGUUAAAGAAACAGUUGGUGGAAAGCAAGUUGAUAAAAUGUGGAUUGAUAAAACCAAAUUCAACAAAAACUUAAAGACUAUUAAUGAUGGAUUUGAAGGCAGCCAGAUGUCUGCCCAAGCAAAGGAGCAAAGGAAACAAUAUCUGAACAGAGUUGCAUUUAAGUGUACUGAACAUGAGAGUAUUUGUCUCACAAAAUUUGAAAGUUUACCCAAGAAGUUUAAUAAAGAUGAAGAGAAGAGACUGGAAAACAAACGUAAGAGUCCUUUACCUACGAAAGAUAGCACAGAAAAACAAAGCAUGCUGGAGUUUAAAUUGUGUCCAGAAGGACUGAUUAAUAAGAGUACAGACUCCAUUAAGGAACAGAAGAAUCUGCAACCUUGUCCUAGGAAGGAGCAAGCCCCUUUGCAAGUUACAGGAAUAAAAAGUACAAAGGAAGACUGGAUAAAAGGUGCACUUGAGGAGAAAAGGAUUCCAGAAGCCAACCAAGGAAUAGGAGUCUUUAACUCGGGACCAUUGUGUCGGUUCCAUCACCUCCAAUCUGGCCCCCGAGAGUCUCUUCUGUGUGCAGUGGACGACACUGUCCCAGACACAGCAAUUGGUACAAAGCGGGAAUCUGAUGAGCUCUUCUCUGCCUGCAUUACAGACAGACUUAACUCAGAUUCCACAACAAACGGAAACAACAGCAAGAAGUUCAAAGGUGACAAGAGAUGUGCAGGUGUGCCUUCCAGAGUGAUCCAUAUCGGGAAGCUCCCCAUAGAUGUCACCAUGCUUGAGAUCAUUUUUCUGGGACUGCCCUUUGGGAAGGUCACCAACCUCCUGAUGCUGAAAAGUAAACAACAGGCUUUGAUCGAGAUGAACACACAGGAGGCAGCCAACACCAUGAUGGAGUACUACACCUCAAUGACACCCAUCCUUCGUGGCCAGCCUAUCUCCAUCCAUUUCUCCACCUACAAGGGACUUAAUACUGACAACUCACACAAUCAGGCACAGGUCCAGGCAUCCUUGAAGGCUGUGAACUCUGUUCAAUUGGGGAACCAGGUGCUGGCUGCCUCUUCUGCUGCUGUGGAUGAAGGGAUGGCAAUGAUCGGCCCAACCCCAGUUCUCAGGAUCAUGGUAGAGAACCAUUUCUACCCUGUCACCCUGGAUGUGCUUCACCAGAUCUUUUCCCAGUUUGGCACAGUACUGAAAAUCAUCAUUUUCACCAAGAACAACAAGUUCCAGGCACUGCUGCAGUAUGCCGAACCUGUGAGUGCCCAGCAUGCAAAGCUGUCGCUGGAUGGGCUGAAUAUCUACAAUGUUUGUUGCACACUCCACAUCGACUUUUCCAAGCACACCAAUCUCACUGUCAAGUACAACAAUAACAGGAGCCGAGACUAUACAUCUCUGGAACUGCCCACUUGUGACAGUCAGUUAUCUCUGGAACAAACCAUGACUGGGACAUUCAGUGCAUCUGCGAUAAUGUCAACCUCUCUGAAUGCAGGAGCUGGUUCCCCUCCCACCUUUGCCAUGCCUCAAGCUGCAGGCCUCUCUGUUCCCAAUGUGCAUGGGACCCUGGCCCCACUGGUUAUCCCAUCAGCAGGAAUGGCAGCACCAGUGGGCCAGAUUGCUAUCCCAGGCCUGGCAGGGGCAGGAAAUUCUGUCCUGCUGCUCAGCAAUCUCAACCCUGAGAUGGUCACACCCCAAAGCCUCUUUAUUCUUUUUGGUGUGUAUGGUAAUGUACAGAGGGUGAAGAUUUUGUUAAGUAAGGAGAAUGCCCUGGUACAGAUGGCAGAUGGGAGCCAGGCCCAGCUGGCUAUGAGCUACCUCAGUGGGCACAAGCUGCACGGGAAGCCAUUGACUAUCACUUUGUCCAAGCGCAAGGAUGUGAAGCUGCCAUGCGAGGGCCAGGAGAUUCAGGGACUCACCAAGUACUAUGGGAACUCACCCCUGCACCGCUUCAAGAAGCCAGGCUCUAAGAACUCCCAGAACAUCUUCCCGCCCUCAGCCACCCUGCACGUCUCCAACAUUUCACUCUCCAUAUCCGAAGACUACCUCAAGACCCUUUUCUCCAGCAAAGGCAGAAAUGUCAAAGCAUUCAAGUUCAAGAAGAACAGGCAGAUGGCGCUGAUUCAGAUGGGUUCAGUGGAGGAAGCCAUCCAAGCGCUCAUUGACCUGCACAAUCACCCUGUGGACAAGAAAUACUACCUGUGGGUGUCUUUUUCCAAGUCCACUGUCUAGCACCACCACCAAGGACCAUCCUGUCAGGCAGUCCUGGUGAUAGCUUCUGUCAUUCCAGAAGAGAGCCACAAAAACAGUCACUUUUAUAGCGGCUGAAGUGACCUUGAAAGACCAGAGACUUUUAUCAUUUAUCUUGUGGAGAUGGGAUAAUAGACUCACGCCCUUGAUGACAUGUUGGCAGUAUGUCCGUUCCUCCUCGGCCCCUUCUUCAACCUGUGGGGUGGGUGUUCCCAAACCUCCACUAGACUUGCUUGUGCCUUAAUACCCACUGCUCUGGCAUGGCUUUCUUAUGGUAUCAAAUGCUUAGAGGUUGGAAACUGAAUUGGCUGCCUCUGGCAGGGAUCCUGUACCUGAUAUACAGGAGGUUGCCAGUUCCAGGGAUUGUUGACAUCCGAAUCCUGUUAUUCAAGUGUGUGUUUAAUCAAGUGUCUUCAUUUAUAUUCAAAAUGAAUAAAGUCCAACCUUUUAUAUAACAUGAUAAAAAUGUAUGAGUGUAAUUUAAAUUUCCUUCUGAAAUGACCUUGAGUAAUGUUGAUACAUGUAUGUUGUGAUAUCAGCAAUUAGAGGAUCAAUAUUGUUAAUGUGGAAGAACACGGCACAUACCGCUGCCUGCCUGAUCGCUUGUAAUGUGGAGAUAACUGAAUUAAAGUGAUUUUUAGCACAGCUCUGCCUUUUUUGCAGGCUUUCUGAUCAUGUUGUAGAAGGCAGUUUGGCCUGUCUGUACUGAACUUUGGACAAACUCUGUAUUCUGCAAAAAAAAAAAAAAGAUUCAGUGCUCAUGUGUAUCAAUGAUAGGAAGAUAUGGGGAGGGGAUGCAGCGAUCUAUUUUCUAAGUGUAAUUGAGUUAUUUGGAUGAGAGACUGAUUAUGCUAAAUGUU